GCUAGGGUUAAAUGUAGAGCGCUUCUCCCUUUCUGGUUUAAAAGUUACUUCCAGUCACUGCGCGCAUAAUUGUUUAGCCUUCCGACUUGGUCACCCAACAGUCGAAGAUGUCGUUGUCAAGGCGCUCCUCGUCGUCCGUUCCCGAAUCUUCUCCCCCACCAUACAGUCAUGUUGGCACUUCACCUCCCCCAUUUCGGAGCAGCCCUCCAACGAGCGAGUGUGGGGCUGAAGGGAAGUUCAUUGUUGGGACCGGCGAGACCAACGUUUAUACCUCUACCAAAAGCUCUAUUGCGAAAGCCAAAUUCGGGUCCAACAAACUGAUGAAGCCAAAGCCGCUGAAAGCAAUUCCAGGAAAGUUUGAACCAGUAGAUGUCGAGCGAUCGCCAGAAUCACCAAGAAAGCCCUCCCAUAGGAAGUACUGUAUCGCAGCAAUUGUAAUAAUUGCCGUGCUUGGUGUGAUAGCAAUCGUAGUAGGAUCAGUUCUCCCAGUUGUGCUAAAGGACCGAAAUCAUACCGCUUCUAAUACAACUACUGUUGUGACUUCGACAGUCGUCUCCAUUGUCGCAUCACAGCAUCCGACGUCAACACCUACACCGCAACCAACUUUGCAACCUCAGCAGUACUUAGGUGGCUUUGAUGCGGUGUCACCGAACAACUAUGCUCAUAUGUUUUAUACUGACCAAGCAGGUAACCUAGAGCACAUAUAUGAUUAUCGCUCAACUUGGCAGAGGGGCAGUCCGGGGAAAAUUGCAACAGGCGUUCACCCAGGGAGCCCUGUUUCAGCUUCGCUUCUCAACUCCUACCCUUACCAGGUACACGUAUUUUAUGUAGACAACAACAACAUGGUGCAAGGACUUUUUGGCACUCCGAGCGUCAGCUAUGUCUCGAAAUGGUUCGUCCAUCCUGUUGGGUCCCAACAACUGAAGACCUCCGAUUCUCUCUUCCUUCGAAGCUGUGUCGCGUCGGAUUCGGCAAGGUACAAGUAUGCGAUGAAUGCUAGCCUCUACCUGUACUAUGGCGCCUCAGAUGGAAGCAUUCAGAAGUUUGCAUUCUGGAAUAGAACGAAAGAUCCAUGGCAGCACAUAGAUGAUCUCCCAGAUCUACAAGGUGCGACGGAGGUCGAGUGUCAAUUUGCGAGAGGCAUCGAAACACUGUGGACAACGAACAACAAAUCUCGCAUCAUAUCGUGGUACCGGUCUAAUGUGACAGGGUGGCACUGGAAACAGGGUUUUACUGGAACUGACGCAAUAUUCCCUGCUACUUCUCUCCUCUCCCUAUCCGACGCCUCCACGAACCGGACACAUAUUGUCUUCCAAAACGCAUUGCACAACCUUCAGCGCUAUGAACUUCGUUAUUUUGGUGCUAAUAUGGAACUAACCGGGAACACGGUAUUACACAAAGGAACUCCCGGCACUCGCCUCACAACAUGGGCAAAUUAUGGUUAUUGCGGGAUAUCCGUCGAGCUAUACUAUCAGCGCGAUAACACGUCUGACUUAUAUAAUGCAACCUUUCGGGAUCAUUGCUAUAGCCUUUCAACCUCAUGCUAUGUUACAGAUAGUACAAGUGCCGAUCAAGUUGUGCCGCUCGUCCAGACAUAUGGGAAGAAUGUCAAGCACAAGCACAAGGAGAGGUACGCCGUUGGGGCGAUUAUUGGUAUCAUUUUCGCAAGCGUCACAGGGUGCAUCUUGUUGUGCUGCUGUUGCGCACUUUGUACCAGCUAAUCGAGGCUGCCUGGGCUUCUUGGGCUUUUUAAAGGCAUUUGCUACGCCUGAAGGUCCCUCGAGGGUGUUCGCGAAGAAGGGAGCUAAGGGGAUUGGUGCUGUUUCGUAAUUUGGUGGCUUCAUCGGACCUCAUGGUGUAGAAACACUAUAACAGCACGAGUUUUGCUACUUAACCAUGG